AUGCACUCGGAAAGCGAUGACAACACGGCUGGUGGGACGCCCGGCUCGGAGGACCCGCAGGCUGAGGAGUCCUCUUCCCCUGCGGAGGAGUUCGAGGAGCAGGAGCGCAAGCUGGCCCCGGAGGACAGCACCGUGCAGCUCAUACACACCGGCUGCACUGACAAGCGUCCGGCCACGCCGCCUGGCGCUCACCCUGGACAAGGCUUCGUUCCCCCGGAGGGGGGCUUCGGUUGGGUCGUGGUGUUCGCUGCUACAUGGUGCAACGGCUCGAUUUUCGGCAUCCAGAACUCAUUCGGGAUUCUGCACAUGAUGCUGGUGAAGCACCACGAGAAGCAGCCGGACCAGGCGUCUCAGUUUAAAGUGUGAGUCAAAACAGCUUUGAACUUCGUGAAGGAGCAGUUUGGAGACACUCAGAGGGAAUGGCUGCUGCUGGUGUGCAUCGGAGCUUCGUCUGGAGUCGGGCGACUGCUGUUCGGGAAGAUCGGAGACCUCAUACCUGGAGUCAAGAAGAUCUACAUGCAGGUGGCCUCCUUCAUAUUGCUGGGCGUGAUGUCCAUGAUGAUUCCUCAGUGUGCCGUGUUUGAGGGUCUGGUGGUGGUUUUCGUGCUGAUGGGUCUUUGCGACGGCUGUUUCAUCACGAUUAUGGCCCCCAUCGCCUUCGAGCUGGUUGGACCCAUGCAGGCGUCACAGGCCAUCGGGUACCUGCUGGGACUCAUGGCCAUACCCAUGACUGCAGGACCACCCAUCGCAGGUCUCCUUCAUGAUCACUUCGGGAACUACCACGUGGCGUUUUACCUGGCCGGCGUCCCUCCGAUCGUGGGGGGAAUUGUGAUGUUUUUCGUGCCUCUGGUCCACCAGCGAAUGCAGAAACGGAGGAAAGAGACCGACGAUCCCAGCAUGGACAAAAUGCUGAAGAACUGCUCUAAUGGAGACAUGCUGCCCGGAUACACGGACAUGGAGACACACAUAUGA